UUCAACUUCUGGGGCCAAUUGGGGAACGGAAACAAUUGCAAUCAAUUGAUACCAUUGCAAGUGCGGGCCAUCAACCGGGAAGUGGUUGUGGCCAUCGCUUGCGGACACCACCAGUCGUUAGUGCUUACAAAGAGCGGUCAGGUGUACGCCUGGGGUCACAACGCGUUCGGCCAAUUGGGCAUCGCGUGCACCGAUCGGUUCCGUAACAUUCCGGCCAAAGUCCGUGUGACCAGCGAAGAUCUGAUGGUUACCAAAAUCAGUUGCGGUCAAAAUCAUUGCCUACUACUGACAUCGGGCGGACAGAUGUACGCCUUCGGGAGCAACUAUUACGGCCAAAUUGGUAACGAUAGCAAACAGGAUCAGUUCGCGCCGACCCGUAUCGGUCCGCCCGGCGCCAAGUUUACGGACAUCGCGUGCUCUCUGUUCAGCAACACGUCGGCCGCGCGCGGGGCUAACAAACGGGCCUACAUUUGGGGCAAAUGUGUCGAUGAGAAGCUUUGGGUGCCCCGCGAGACACCCGUCAAGACACUUGAGGAGGUGUUCGCCCGAUAUAAUUAUGUCACGUUUGAACCACUCGUCCUCAACCCGCAUCACCUGAGCCGAGACAGGGAGUCGGUCUGUCUGUCUGUCCAUACGAAGAGGUUUGUCACCACUUCCCGUUGGAAUCCUGUGUUUAUCUGCUUAUCCAUUGGAGAAACAAUAUCAGCGAAAGUGGUGUCACGUUUUGAUUAUAAUGCUUAUCCCGAUGCCGAUAGUGGUGUCAAAAACAUGAUGAUUGAUUAUUGUGACCACCCUUCACACUAUCAUUACGAUUACCACCCGUCCUAUCAUCCAUACCAUCAUCAUUCUGGCCAUCAUUAUCCCGAUUAUCACUAUUACCAUCAGCCAGUGGUAAACAUGGGCUCAUCUGUUCCCAAAGCAACUGAUGAAGAGAUAGGAUAUAGCAAUGAGGAUAUAAUGAGAGACACUUUGGAUCCAACUUUGUCAUCGUCUGAUAUCCUUAUGAGAAUUAAUCGCAGCAAAAGUACCCCAAAACCAACCAAUUCUUGGUGGAAACCAAUAUUAAUUGUCAGCACAAGUAGUUAUGAAGAGGAGUACCCGGAAUACAGUGAUUACGACAGAUAUAACUAUAGAUAUGAUAACCCGUACGGACACAACGGACAUAAUGGACACAAUGAACACAACGGACACUACAGACAACUUGUGAUGAACUUCAAAACUCCCGGCAUUAAUAAGCUAUACGCCGAUCUCCUGAACCCGAAACUGUCGGUCAAACAGGUGAACGCCCGACUGCCGGCACCGGUGGCCUCACGGCAUAAAGUGAGCGCCCGAUCGGGUGGUGUUUGCACAACAGUCCGGUGUAACGAAUGUCUCGAUUCGUGCAAAUUUCUCAAGACAUCCAAGUAUUCAGACCUCGAUAUCACACAAUACACGUAUUUGAGACUUUGCUCCGAGGGUUGUAAAGACAAUCUGCCAUGUCUGCAAAAAUCUGAGUGUUUGCCUGUAAUGAAGGAAAAUCCCGAUUUUUUUAUCACUUGCGCCAAUAAAUGCAAUCUCUUCCAGAUAAUACCACAAAUAUUCAAGACUGUUGAUUGUCCAACACAUUAAUUUUGCAAUUGAAUAACUGUU